UUGGGACCAUUGAGUUCUAUUCUUUAUUGACUCCCUUUCUCUCCAAUAUGUCAAAGUAGGGUUCAUCUAAUCCUUGCCUCAAUGGACAGCUUGAUUGUUUUCUAUUUAUAAUAUUCUCUGCUGUCAUAUGGUUUAUCAUUAUUAUUUUUUUUUUCGCCUUUUCUUUACCUCUAUAUAUAAUCCAUUCUCUCUUUUAAUUGCAAACAAACACACUACUGUCUUUGAAUUCUCUCUUACGAUCUGUGUUUCUUAUACUUGAUGCAAAACAUGGAGGGGAUGCUGCAGAAAACUCCAUCAGCAGGACUAGGAAUGCACGAGAAGUCACAAAAAAUAUCGAAGAUCAAACCGAAAAUUCGUAUAAUUCACAUAUUUGCACCAGAGAUUAUCAAAGUAGAUGCUGCUAACUUCAGAGAAUUAGUCCAAAGACUCACUGGAAAACCCAAAGAGAAUAUCAGAUCAUCGUGCACCAAGAAAAAAAGGACAAGAAAGGUUGCUGAAGAUCCAAGAGCAUUGGCCAAGAAAAUGGACCUGGCUAUGAAAAAUGUAUUCGAGAGUUCAGGGUUUAAAGAGAGAAUUACCGGUGAAGAAGAGAUACGGAGGUAUGCAAAUACCGGCACCGGUUUCUUGGGUGGUUUUACAGAAUUUGAUGGCUUCAUGCAAGAGAUUAAUCAGCUUCCGUUGAUGCUUCCUUUUGAAGGCUCUUCUCAUAUUGAUAUUUAUACUGAUCAACUUGAAAACGGAGUUCUUUGAAGAGUACUAUUUGAUUGAUAUUAAUUCUAAUUCAAUGCUUCGGAGCUUGUAAGGUUAGAUUAAUUAAUCCUCAAUUUCUUUUGUAAAAUUCAAGUUUCGCUGUAAAUACG